CUUCCUCAUCGCUGAUCCGCAAAUAUUCUUACGUUUUGUCUCUCCAACUUCAUUACUAUCCUAAAUAUUUCCCUCCUAUUCCAACGGAAAAAGGAAAAGAAAUUUCCCCCGAACGCGAACGGUUCGAGCUCCGAGCUCCCAAUUUUCCUCCUAGCCGCCAUGACAGUUCCUCCGAAUCAAGAUGAUGUUAAGAAGAAUGAAAGGACGAAUUACUUCAAUUCCCCUGCAUUGGAUGUCUCACUUGCUUUUCCACAAGCAACGCCGGCAUCCACCUUUCCUCCCUGCGCCUCGGAUUAUUACCAGUUUGAUGAUCUAUUGACUCCUGAGGAGCAGGCUAUGAGAUUGAGAGUAAGAAAGUGUAUGGAGAAAGACGUCGCUCCAAUUAUGGCAGAGUACUGGGAGAAGGCAGAGUUUCCAUUUCAAAUUAUUCCGAAGCUUGGUGCAUUGCGCAUUGCUGGUGGCACAAUCAAGGGUUAUGGGUGUCCUGGUCUUUCUAUUACGGCAAGUGCUUUUGCUACAGCUGAACUUGCUAGAGUUGAUGCAAGCUGCUCUACUUUCGUCUUGGUUCAUUCCUCACUAGCAAUGCUUACUAUUGCAUUAUGUGGUUCGGAAGCUCAAAAGCAGAAAUAUCUACCUUCUUUGGCUGAAUUUAAGACUGUAGCCUGCUGGGGUUUGACUGAACCUGACUACGGAAGUGAUGCGAGUGCCUUGAGAACGACAGCAACAAAGGUGGAAGGAGGUUGGAUACUUGAGGGCCAAAAGCGAUGGAUAGGAAACAGUACAUUUGCUGAUGUCUUGGUUAUUUUUGCUAGGAAUACAACAACAAAUCAGAUUAAUGGAUUUAUAAUAAAGAAGAAUGCCCCUGGACUGGCAGCUACAAAAAUAGAAAAUAAAAUUGGUCUGCGCAUUGUCCAAAAUGGAGAUAUUCUCUUAAAUAAAGUAUUUGUUCCUGAUGAGGAAAGGCUGCCUGGUGUUAAUUCUUUUCAGGAUACUAGCAAGGUUCUUGCUGUUUCACGUGUCAUGGUCGCCUGGCAACCUAUUGGUUUAUCUAUGGGAGUCUAUGAUAUGUGUCACAGGUAUCUGAAGGAGAGGAAACAAUUUGGAGCCCCCCUUGCAGCUUUCCAAAUCAACCAAGAGAAACUUGUUCGUAUGCUUGGUAAUGUUCAAGCUAUGGUUCUUAUAGGUUGGCGCCUCUGCAAGCUGUAUGAGGCAGGUAAAAUGACUCCAGGUCAUGCUAGCAUGGGGAAGGCAUGGAUCACUCUGAGAGCAAGGGAAACGGUUGCUCUGGGAAGGGAAUUGCUAGGUGGCAACGGAAUCUUAUCUGAUUUUCUUGUUGCAAAGGCUUUCGGUGAUCUGGAGCCCAUCUACACAUUUGAAGGCACGUAUGACAUCAACUCCUUGGUCACCGGCAGGGAAGUCACUGGCAUUGCCAGCUUCAAGCCACCUGCGUCAAGCCAACGGAGCCGCCUGUAGUGGUGGAACUUAUCCGAAUCUCAACUCCCUCCGCAAGCUUGUUUCAUUAACAAGGUUGUCUGAUGUCAAAUGGGAUGAAGUAAACUUAUCCAUUGACAACCAAAAUUAAGGACGCCUUAUAAAUUCUCGGUUUUUGAACAUUGUAUCGUCAUAGUUCUGAAAGACAAAUAAACGAUCUCAGCAGAUCGCCGCAUUCGACUUUUCA